AUGAAUCGGACAAAGGUUGAUGAGGAGGAAUAUUGGAAUAGCUCCAAGUUCAAGGCUUUCACCUUUGACGAUGAAGAUGAUGAGCUCUCUCAGUUAAAGGAAUCCAAGCGGGCAGUGAAUAGCCUUCGAGACUUCGUGGAUGAUGACGAUGAUGACGACCUGGAAAGAGUCAGCUGGACUGGGGAACCUGUGGGAAGUAUCUCAUGGUCCAUCAAAGAGACUGCUGGUAGCAGUGGGUCAAACCAUGAGGGGCGUGAACAGCUAAAGAGCCGAAACAGCUUCUCCUAUGCACAGCUACCCAAACCUCCUUCUUCCUAUUCCCUGAGCAGCUUUUUUAGAGGGAGAACUAGACUUGGAAGUUUCCAGUCCCUUUCUGACGCUCUUACUGACACACCUGCCAAAAGCUAUGCUCCAGAGCUGGGGAGACCUAAGGGGGAAUUUAGGGAUUACAGCAAUGACUGGAGCCCCAGCGACACGGUGCGACGCCUUCGGAAGGGCAAGGUCUGUUCACUAGAAAGAUUCCGCUCCUUACAGGACAAGCUACUACUCUUAGAGGAAGCAGUUAGCAUGCAUGAUGGAAACGUCAUUACUGCCGUUCUGAUAUUCCUGAAGAGGACCCUGAGCAAAGAGGUCCUCUUCCGAGAGCUAGAGGUGCGACAGGUUGCCCUGAGACAUCUCAUUCACUUCCUUAAGGAAAUAGGGGAUCAAAAGCUGCUAUUAGAUCUUUUCAGGUUCCUAGAUAGAACAGAAGAGCUUGCGCUGUCCCAUUAUCGAGAGCACUUGAGCAUUCAGGACCCUGAAAAACGGAAAGAAUUUCUUAAGACCUGCAUCGGUUUGCCUUUUUCAGUGGAAGAUGCUGCACACAUACAAGACCAUUACACACUCCUGGAACGUCAGAUCAUUAUUGAGGCAAAUGACCGCCAUCUAGAAUCAGCAGGACAAACUGAGAUCUUCCGGAAGCACCCCCGCAAAGCUUCCAUCCUCAAUAUGCCUCUAGUGACGACACUCUUCUACUCCUGCUUCUACCACUACACAGAGCCCGAGGGGACAUUCAGCAGUCCGGUCAACCUGAAGAAGACAUUUAAGAUCCCAGAUAAACAGUAUGUGCUGACUGCCUUGGCCGCCCGUGCCAAGCUCCGGGCCUGGCAUGAUGUUGAUGCUCUUUUCACCACAAAGAACUGGCUGGGCUACACCAAGAAGAGAGCACCCAUUGGCUUCCAUCGGGUUGUGGAAAUUCUGCACAAGAACAAUGCCCCCGUCCAGAUAUUACAGGAGUAUGUCAAUCUAGUGGAAGAUGUGGACACAAAGUUGAACUUAGCUACGAAGUUCAAGUGUCACGAUGUCGUCAUUGAUACUUGCCGGGACCUGAAGGACCGUCAGCAGUUGCUAGCAUACAGGAGUAAGGUAGACAAAGGAUCUGCAGAGGAGGAAAAGAUCGAUGCCAUUCUCAGCAGCAUGCAAAUUCGGUGGAAGAAUUAA